AUGGUACUCGAAAAGUCGUUAGCAACUAAGUUGGAGCUGCCCUGGGUUGAGAAGUACAGGCCAAAGCUAUUGAAGGAUGUUGUAGGUAAUGAGGAAACUGUUGAACGAUUGCAGCAGAUAGCCUAUGAUGGUAAUAUGCCGCAUAUGAUUAUUUCUGGCCUUCCAGGUAUCGGUAAAACUACUUCGAUUCACUGUUUAGCUCAUGAGCUACUAGGCGAUUCAUAUUCCCAGGCUGUUCUGGAACUGAACGCUUCGGAUGAUAGAGGUAUUGAUGUUGUUAGAAACCAGAUUAAGCACUUCGCUCAAAAAAAGUGUACACUUCCACCAGGAAAGCAUAAGCUGAUUAUCCUAGAUGAAGCAGACUCAAUGACUAGUGGUGCCCAACAGGCAUUAAGACGUACUAUGGAACUAUACUCCAACACUACAAGAUUUGCAUUUGCGUGCAAUCAGUCGAACAAAAUCAUAGAACCACUGCAGUCUCGUUGUGCAAUAUUGCGUUACUCCAAGUUGACCGAUGAACAGGUGCUGAAGAGGUUACUAGAGAUUAUUAAAGCGGAAGACGUUAAGUAUACAGAUGAUGGGCUGGAAGCAAUUAUAUUCACUGCCGAAGGUGACAUGAGGCAGGCCAUCAAUAAUUUACAAAGUACGGUAUCUGGUUUUGGAUUGGUCAAUGGAGACAAUGUCUUCAAAAUCGUAGAUUCUCCGCACCCGCUUGUAGUUAAGAAGAUGUUACUUUCAGAUUCAUUGGACGAGUCUCUAACGUAUCUAAAAGGUCUCUGGAACAAGGGCUAUUCUGCUGUAGAUAUUAUAACAACUUGUUUCCGUGUCAUGAAGAACCUUACUGAGAUCAAAGAACCCGUGAGAUUGGAGAUGAUUAAGAUCAUUGGUUUCACCCACAUGCGUAUUUUGGAGGGAGUAGGUACGUAUUUACAACUUAGCGGAGCAUUGGCAAAAAUGCACUUAUUAAAGUAG